AUGACCGGCGUCGGACAUCACCACGUAACAGCUUUUGUUGGUGGUAUCGCAUACUAUGCCUGGUACAAGAAGAAUGUUCUCGACAAGAUAGAGCAAGCGUUUGCGCCCGGCUAUGAUCCAGCUCUCGAACUCGCCACACACGCUAACCGCCCCAAAUCCGAUGAAGAGAGCACAUCUAUAGCAAUAGACGAGCUCGAACUCGGUGACAUACCAUGGACCGAGCAUCUCCGGCGCAAAGAACAGUCUAUCAUCGAAAGAAUCAUAUGGGGAUAUGAGACAGGGCAUUAUUUCAUGCUUCUCGAGCUAAAGGGUGCAGGGAAAGGCAGUAUGAUACUCGAUGCCAUGCAGGCUAAUAAGGCUGAAGGAGUCGCGUUCUGUGAUGCACAUCCUGACUUGGAGGUGUUCAGGCUGAGACUGGGGAAAGCUUUGAACUACGAGUUCAAUGAAGAUUCACAGACUGGCCUCUUCUCUCGAAGAGAUCCUCGGGAAGGCGGAGCUGGUUUGGACGUCGAGCGCGUAAUGAACAAACUUGAGAAGGUUGCACUUCGUUCCGCCACGCGGACUGGUAGACCACUCGUACUGGUCAUUAACAAUGUUCACUAUUUCAACAAUGAUGAAGGUGGGAAGAAUAUGCUUUGGCAACUCCAACAAAGGGCGGAGGCUUGGGCUGCUAGUGGUAUUUUGACCAUGGUGUUCAGCUCCGACUCCUUCUGGCCUUUCCUCGCCCUUCGUAAGAAUGCCUCCCGAAUGCACGUCCUCACCAUCUACGACCUCUCCAACAAUGAAGCUCGCGCGGCCUGCGCACGCAUGCGUGUCAACACGAACCUCCCGAAAACCACAGCGAAAACCCUCGACAACGUCAUAUCCCUCGUCGGCGGAAGAUUGUCGUACCUAAACCGAGUGAGCAGGGCGAAGGACAUGGAGGAGAUGGCGGAACAUAUGUUGCGUGUGGAGAAAGGGUGGUUACUUUCGCAGAUUGGAUUGAUUCCGGAUUGUGAUGACGAUGUUAUGGAUGAGCAAAAAUGGAGUUCGUGUUCAUGGUUGCUCAUGCGUGAGUUUGUGAAGCGGAGACAAGCGAUGGAGAAGGAGCGAGAAGAGAAGAUCGCGAACGGGGAGAAGCAUGUCCCUGAGCUGCAGCUUCCUACAAUACCUUAUUAUCAAUGCCGACAGAUAAUGACGAGGCCGGACUUCCUGGAAGAGCUCGACAGAGCCAACAUCAUCUCUAUAGACGUCAAUCACGAUGUCCGACCGGACAGCAUGCUCGUGCUGCAAGCUGCCCGCGAAGUCGUCGAGGAAGAAGGGUUCGACGAUCUACUCGACGGCGUCCGGGACCGGGUAGACGAGAUCGAGAGUUUGCAUCGGACGAGGGAGUUGACGGUGCGUUUUGUCAAACCUUCUCGUCUUGCUCUUUUCUUCUUUCUCUGCUUGGCGCGUGGAUGCAGGUUACUCACAGAUAUCCUUGCGUUUUGUUGUUGGGUGUAG